GGGCCGGGAAGGGCGGUGCUGCCAGGUGGGCCGAACCCAGCCGAGCCGAACCGUGCCGAGCCGCGCCGAGCCCAGCCGGGCAGCCCGCAGCAUGUCGGCGCUCCGCGUCUGCAUCGUGGGCUCGGGGAACUGGGGAUCAGCCAUAGCAAGGAUCAUUGGCAAAAAUGUCCAAAAGUCCAACAGAUUUGACCCCACCGUCAGGAUGUGGGUGUUUGAAGAGAUCAUCAAUGGAAGAAAACUCUCAGAAAUAAUCAACCAAGAACAUGAAAAUGUUAAAUAUCUGCCUGGAUACAAGAUACCUAAAAAUGUGGUGGCUGUACCAGAUGUGGUUGAAGCAACAAAUGAGGCAGAUAUUUUAGUGUUUGUUCUGCCCCAUCAAUUCAUUGGACGAAUCUGUGAGCAGAUUGCAGGCCAGAUAAAACCUGGGACAUUUGGGAUUUCCUUGAUCAAGGGGAUUGAUGAGGGUCCUGAGGGCCUGAAGCUCAUAUCUGACCUCAUUCGAGAGAAACUGAAAAUAGAAAUCAGUGUGCUUAUGGGUGCCAACAUAGCCAAAGAAGUGGCUGAUGAGAAGUUCUGUGAGACCACCAUUGGGUGCAAAAACAAAAAACAAGGGGAAAUCUUUAAAGAAUUACUGCAGACCCCCAAUUUCAGGAUUACCGUGGUGCUUGACUCUGAUACAGUGGAGAUUUGUGGAGCCUUAAAAAACAUUGUGGCUGUGGGUGCCGGGUUCUGCGACGGGCUGGACUUUGGGGACAACACCAAGGCAGCAGUGAUACGUUUGGGGCUGAUGGAAAUGGUGGCCUUUGCCAAGAUGUUCUGCAGGGGUCCAGUGGCAAUAGCCACCUUCCUGGAGAGCUGCGGGGUCGCUGAUCUGAUCACCACCUGCUACGGGGGACGCAACAGGAAAGUAGCAGAAGCCUUUGCUCGCACGGGAAAAUCCAUUGCGGAACUGGAAAACGAGAUGCUGAAUGGACAAAAGCUGCAAGGUCCUCAGACCUCAGCUGAAGUCUACAAGAUUCUGAAGCAGAAAAACAUGCUUGAGAAGUUUCCUUUAUUUACAACCAUCUACAAGAUCUGCUACGAGGGGCAGUCAAUUCAGGAUUUCAUCAUGUGCCUGCAGAACCACCCAGAGCACCUUUAGAGAGCUCCUCUCCUCACCUGGCUGCAUCCUCCUCGUCCCAGGACUCCUCUCAGCUCCACAGCAAAUGAAGCAGAGAAGCAGGUCGUGUGACAAGGGUUGCUGUAAAAACAACAAAGAAUGUAUUUCAGUAUCCUCGUUCUGGGGGUGAGAAAUCUGCCUUUCAUUUCAACAUUACACCCAAGGAACAGGGAAUGAAUGUAAAAUUUAGUGUAUUUGAUUUGAGUUAGUACUGUGGGCAUUGCCUUGGAAUUACUUUGUCUUGAUUGAAAACUGUUCCCCUCGUCAUUUCCACAGCAAUCUAACUCCCAUGAACUUUAACAUUUUGCCUAGUAUUACUUAUAGAACAGCACAAGAGGCAUAAAAAUGUCUUAAGACUUCAUCCAAACAGCGAAAUUGUAGUUAAAAAAGGUCUGAGAGUAAGGUGCAAUCAUGUGGGCAAAGGUUGGGUUCCAGCAAUUCCCCUCAAACACAAAUAACAGUUUGUGUUUUGGGACAUUUAGUCCUUCCUUGAUUUCAUUUUCCAGCAUAAGCCUUUUUGGGAAAAUAAGUGUUCCUGUGCUGAGACACACAAGAAUGUUCAGUAGUUGGAUAAAUAACACAGUUUAAGAGGCAGGGAAAAGGAGAAAGAGAGGUUUGGGGAGGGGAGUGGGUUGUUUGUUUUGAAUUCAGGACACAAGGAAUCCUCAGCAAUAGUCUGACCUUCAUUAAACUUGCUGCACUCUGUUGAAAUACAGGGGGGAAAAAACAGCCAAAUAUAUUUGUAUUAAGGUAAGGAUUUCUUAGCAAGUCUCAGCCAUUAAUUGCUCCUAGCCUAGAGAGACAGGAGGGUGUGGGCACAACCCAGCACACAACUUGUGCAUUGCUGGUGUUUUAAGGACCUCACAAGUAACAGUGGCAACCCCUCAGUGAUACUUUUCAGCCAUGAAAGUGACGGCUGCAGAUGCACAACAAUCCCCUACAACUGCAUUUGCAACGGGGCUGCAUUUUAACUCCCCAGGGAAAUGCCACUGGAAUGAGCCCACUGCAGCUCCCACCUCUCUUCAGACUAAGGCCCUGAUCCUGCUGUAGAUUAAGCACCACAUCUUACACUCCAAAAGAGAGACUGCUCCAUUUACUUGUGAAUAUUAAACACAAACUGGUUCACACACCAGUUGGGGGGUUUUGGUUUUUUAACUUUGGUACCAGUGGCAUCAACUUCAGAAACAUAAAGAGUUUUUAAACCUUCUGUCUGUAUUUGGGGAACUUUACCUACCUGAUGUUUUUUCAGAGUUAAAGCCAUCUCUGAGAUGAGCAGUGGCACAUUUUAUAAGCUUUAAUACCCUUCUGAAAAACUCCUAUUUUGAGACAAAGCAAACAAAAAGGAAGAGUAACCUACUUUUGCUUUGCUUUAUCCGAUUUUCCAUAAUAGCAGGGAGGAAGGGAAGUGGGUUUUUUUAAUCUCUCUCUGUAGUCACUGACAUAUUGCUUAGGGAAAGGGAAAAAAAAAAGAUUAUAAAGUUAUCUCUACUCUACAUUUUAGAGGAACAUUGUCUUUCACAUUUAUCAGAGUAAUAUAUAUACAAAAAUGUAUUGGAAUUAUAACUAUACUGUAAAAGUCUCAGUCUCUCAGCUAACCAAAUCCUUGACUCAAAACAGGGCAUUAGAAUCUACCAUUGCAAAUGGAAAAAGACCAAAAUAUUGCAUCAUUUUUAAGUACCAAAUACAGAAGGAUGAGAUAGAGGAUUCAGGAACCUCCUUACUGAACUUCUGAUCAGUCACACAUAAGCCAAUAACAACAUUGAGUAUUUUACAUUCUAAGUGUAUCAAAUGAGAGUUUAAUAAAGGGACUGAUAUGCA